AUGUGCAAUACUACAGUUGUUCCUCCUUUCUAUUACUCGGAGACUGGUGCACCACUGCCCUUUCCCCCAAUGCUCACGGACCAGCUGGAGUUGUUUGUCCAUGUUGAUCAUCACCCAACUACACUUAUUGCCGACGAAGUCCUAGUCCCUAAAGCUAGUAUCAUUCCCGCUGCAAGGGCAUCAUCAUCCACACCUGCCCCUGAGUUCAAACUCGCAAAGUGGAUGCUCAAGCAAUCUGAUCACUCUUCCUCACCAUACAUAAAGAAGGUUGCAUUCCCGUGUUCCUGUUCUCAAAUGCCUUUGGCCUCAGAUUCUGCAGGCUCUUUGGAUUCUUUGUCAGAUAGUGACUCCUCAACUUCGAGCGUGAGUUUGUUGGAAGACUUGAAGAUUCCUAAACCUGCCGGUGAAUUUGGGCACCCUGGGCAUGGGGGGUACACACUUUAUGAAGCUUUGGAUUGGAAUCCAAAGGUGUAUGCAAAAUUCAAGAAAAAUAUGCAUAACUUCAUUGAGGACCACCUUGACACGACAAAAUGCGCUUCUGCCCAAAGUCCCACGCUGUUGAAAGUUGUGCGCGACAAGGCUCUCGUUGGCUUCCCAGACCUUGAAAAUUAUAGCAACUUAUGGCUAGUCAACAAUAUGAUUAUGACACGCCUGAAAUACACAUCAGGUCACGCUAGAUGA